AUGGGUCGUGCAAAGUUGAACAUGGAACUGAUUGGGAAAGAAAAAUCACGGCACAUAACUUUCAAGAAGAGAAAGGAGGGGUUGAUGAGGAAGAUUCAUGAGUUCGCUACUCUAUGCGACGUGGACGCAUGCAUGAUCAUCUACGGCCCUGGACAGGAGAGUCCUUCCAUGGAGUCCGGGAUUUGGCCGGAAAAUUCUGAUGAAAUCUCGCGCAUGAUCGACAUAUACCAAGGCAAGUCUAAGGACAGUGCAACGAGGGUCUUCGGUUUGCAGGAUUUUUUCCAGGAUAGGAACAAGAGAGUGGAAGACGAACUCGAUAAGGUGCGCAAAAAGGCCGUGGAAAUACAGUACCCCACUUGGAUUGAUCCUAUGAGCCAUCUUUCAGAGAUGGAACUGAGAAAAUUCGCUGCAACGGUGAGCGAUAAAAUUGAAGUUGUGGACUCCAGGAUGGAAGCAAUAUGCAAGGGAUAUGAUGAUGAUGAUCAUCUCCAUCAUCAUCAGCAUCUUCUUCUUCAUAACCACCAUAACCAUAGUCAUAUUCAAAACAGGUAUUUAAUGACGGAAGGAUCACAACAGCAGCCAACGAUUGAUUUCACAGCAGCAGCUACGUCCUACAACAACAAUAACAACGCAAGGUUGUCUGGAUUGAUCCAAAGAGGAGUUGAAUUGGAACAAGUCAGCAUUGGUCCUGCUCCGGUGAAUCCAGUAGAAAUGCACGUACCUAUGGCACAGGCACACUACCCUGCUCCGGCUACUAUUCACGAUCAAGAACACCAUCAGAUGCACUCAAUCAAUCAGAAUUCCAUGAUGAUGCUUCUCAUGAAUGAAAAUGAGCAUCAUCAUCACCAUCAUCAAGUGCAAUUAGGGGGCAGUGCAUCUAGUAUACAGUGCGCAUCAUUCAAGUAUUAUGGAUCGAGUUCCGGAGGCGGCGGCGGCGGCAUGGUGGCCGGCAGGGGUGGUGGGGUGCUUGAUAAUAUGGUAUAUAAUCAUCCCAGGCCGUUGGCUCGCUACUAUGGUCCAAGUGUGCAACCGAUGGUGGCACCAUACAUGCAAUAUCCCCAUUUGAUGCCUAAUGUUUCACCGUCUUUGAGGGAGAAUGACUACAAUGACAUGAUUCACUAUCGGGUGAUGGACCAGAGACCACCGAGGCACUAG